CUUUUGUGGCACACACAAUUUUUUUUUGUUUAAUUUGGUUUGCAUUCACAUGAGAACAAACAUUUCCAAGAGAUCUAAGAAAUAUAUUCCCGAUUUCCUUGUUAAUAAAGAUUUAGUGAAUGAAACUAAUUUAUUAACCUCCCAUAUCAACAAACUGUUUAUUAUUUUUGAAUACAUGCAUAUUCCAUAGUUUUUGUAACACAAAAAAAAAUUGAUUAGGUGAGAUACUUUAACUUUAUCGGGACAUCAGGUCAUUAACUUUUGUUUUGAAAAAGAUUCUGCAAAUUUGAAUCUUAUAACUAGAGAAUCAACCUGAAUCUCCGGAUGAUUCGCAUUUCCAAUAAUAGCCAGAUAUUUUCCGUAUUCUCAGUUAACCAAAAUCAUUUUUCAUAGCAUAGUCAAGCACACACCUACCAUUCUCUCUCUCUCUCUCUCUCUCGCUAUAUAUACACUUGCAGGAAUCUCUUUAGUGUUAUACUGUUAUACAAAACAAAGCUAAUUAUUUUUUAAGAUUCCUAUAAAAAAUGUCGGCACUUGCAGAUUUGAUCAAUCUCGAUCUCUCCGAUUCUUCUGAGAAGAUCAUUGCGGAGUACAUAUGGAUUGGUGGAUCAGGCUUGGAUAUGAGAAGCAAAGCAAGGACUUUGCCGGGACCUGUCAAGGAUCCAUCGGAGUUACCGAAAUGGAACUAUGAUGGUUCAAGCACUGGCCAAGCUCCCGGCGAGGACAGUGAAGUCAUCAUUUACCCUCAAGCUAUCUUCAAAGACCCCUUCAGAAAAGGCAACAACAUCCUUGUGAUGUGUGACGCAUAUACACCUGCCGGUGAGCCGAUCCCGACAAACAAAAGGCAUGCUGCGGCCAAGAUCUUUAGCGAUCCCAGCGUUGCCGCCGAAGAAACAUGGUAUGGAAUUGAGCAAGAGUAUACUUUGCUACAAAAGGAUAUUAAAUGGCCGGUAGGUUGGCCUGUCGGCGGCUUCCCAGGUCCUCAGGGACCGUACUACUGCGGAGUUGGAGCAGACAAAGCCUUUGGAAGAGACAUAGUAGAUUCUCAUUACAAAGCCUGUCUUUACGCCGGAAUCAAUGUCAGUGGCACUAACGGAGAAGUCAUGCCCGGACAGUGGGAGUUCCAAGUCGGUCCAACCGUUGGAAUCGCUGCCGCUGAUCAGGUCUGGGUCGCUCGUUACAUCCUCGAGAGGAUCACAGAGUUGGCGGGAGUCGUUCUGUCUCUUGACCCUAAACCAAUUCCGGGAGACUGGAAUGGUGCAGGAGCACACACAAAUUACAGUACAAAAUCGAUGAGAGAAGAUGGAGGGUAUGAAGUGAUAAAGAAAGCGAUAGAGAAGCUUGGAUUGCGUCACAAGGAACACAUCUCUGCUUAUGGUGAAGGCAACGAGCGUCGUCUCACUGGCAAACACGAGACCGCCGAUAUCAACACUUUCUUAUGGGGUGUGGCCAACCGUGGGGCAUCCAUUAGGGUUGGUCGCGACACUGAGCAAGCUGGGAAAGGAUACUUUGAAGAUCGUAGGCCAGCGUCCAACAUGGAUCCGUACACUGUGACCUCCAUGAUUGCUGAAACCACAAUCCUCUGGAAACCAUGAAGAAAGAAAACUUGACCUUCAAGGAACUACACAUCUAGUAUCAGUCCAUGUUCGUUCUUCUAUUGUCUCGUUCUCAUUGGCUUCUUUGUUUAUGUAAUGUUUGAUUUAAACUCUUAAAACCUGUUCUAGUUCUAUAUCGAAUCUCUAUGUUAUUACAAAA